AUGACACCCGCCGGUCCACACAUCAGGGCCACGUCCAGUCAAGAUACGACAUCCCAAAACAUAACCAUAACUACUAGAAGUGACGGUAUACCUGAUGAAUGGGAUGUCACCGGGACAGCCAUUCAAUGUUACGCGCUGCCAAUGGGAGGAUUGGGUAUCCUGUCCGAUGUGCUGACAAUCUAUACCGUUGUCAUCCUCAAUCUAGGGUAUAGCCCAUGGUUCCCGAAGAGAAGGCUCAAGGGCGGACUGCUCGACCUCGGCCUAGCCGCAGCCAGCGUGCUCGGAACCUGCGUGACCGCGAUCAUCACCACCAUCCGAUGCCGAAGCCAAUGGGAAAUCAUCGCCGUCGUACUCUGGAGAAUGAUUCUUUCUCUCAGCCUCGGCGGCUUUACCGCGCACACAGCCUGGGUGAAGAGGGCCUUGGAGCGACAGCAGCUGGGCGAAGAUCAUGCCAGCACCAAUGCCAGCCUUUCGGACUCAAAAUCAACCUCCUACGUGGGAAGGUGGCUGCUUCUUUAUAGCAUUGGACUAGCCCUUGGAGUGAUAGGUUUAUGUUCCCUCGCCUUCUCGGAACCUGUUGGUCUUACCGGCCUUGGGGUGGGAUUACUUAUUUCUCCCCCUGCCACCAUUCUAGGGACUUUCACCAUCAUGGGACUUUCAUCACGGAUGAUGCGUGUCAUUUCAGCCGCGUUCGGGGGUGGCAGCUACCGCUCCAGCGAGAAAUUGGUCGUUGUGGAUCGCUACGUCGGUAUCGCGAUGGCGAUCAUCCUCUUCAAAAAGGACAAAUGGGCCUCGAACCGGGACUGGUGGCCGUGGGUACCGGUGCUCAUGAUGUUUGCUGCAUGGUAUGGAGUUUCGGCGGCGAUCUUCAGCAACGUCAUCAUCGGGCGCCUCGCUGGUAAUAUGAGCGGGGUUCCAAGCCGCGAUCGUAAGGAUACGCACUUCCAACCUCUGUGGGAUCUCAUCACUGACGCCAGGUGUCUAGAGGCUGCGAUUUACUGGGCAUAUUUUGUGUGCAAGCGACUCACAAUCUUCUCAGUCUAA